GCCGGCAGUUCGGCACAUCCAGGCGUCGGCAGUUCCGAGCACGAGGCUCAGCCCCAUUUCAGGUCUCAAGAAAGACGCGCGAUCAUUAACAGACAGCUUCUCGCUAAACACAUAUAACCCGACCACCAUCGGCACUGUCUCAGUUACUCUUCAUCCGGCCAAACACCCCAGCUCCAUCUCCGCACAAUGCCACGUUACCACUCCGACUCAGAGUCGGAUUACUCCCCUCCUCGGCGCCGCUCGCCCACCCCAGGCCCGCGCCGCGUCCGCGACAUGUCCCCCGACCAUCGCCCGCGCUUCCAAUACGACGGCCCCACCCCAUUCUAUCCUCCCACCGCACCGCCCAUGGCUUCGGGCGCCGCAGGCCCUGGACCAACCAAGCGCGCAGCAGGAGGGCCCACUACAGACACGUGGGCAGCAGAACAGACAACCAUCAUGCCGCGUCGCAGCCGUGACCGAGAGCGAGACCGAGGGAGGGGCUCCGCCUGGGCCAGCGACAGCCGCAACCGCAACCGCAACACCACCAGCCCCUCUCACUCCCGUUCCCGUUCCCGUUCCCGUUCCCGUUCCCGCUCUCGGUCCCGGUCCCGGUCUCGCUCGCCGCUGGCAAAAGCACGCUCCCUGCUCGCAUCCACAUUCACGCCCUCCACGUCGGGCCUAGGCGCCGGCGUGCUGGGCGCCAUCGUGGGCGGGCUUGCGGCUGCCGAGGUUAGCGAGCACCACCACUCACACGGUCACGGUCACGGUCGUGGGAGGGGUGGCGGAGAUAAUUAUAAUAGUAGGGAGAGGGAGAGGCAUCGGCUGCUCUCCACCGUGGUGGGUGCUGCGGUUGGCGGGCUGGGGGCAAAUGCGAUUGAGAAGCGGCUGGAGGAGCGGAAGGGGGGAACUCAGGGGAGCGGGGAGGCUGGGAGGUAUAGGGAGGAUAAUGGUAGAUCUCAUAGGGAUGAUGGUCUUGGGAGGAAGGGGAGUCGAGAGAGGGGUGGCGGUGGGGAUUGGGUCAGGUAUUGAGGUGGUUCUUUCCUGGGGGGUUCUUUCUUUCUGUCUUUGGGUUGGGCUGUAGGACAUAGGCGUGUAUUGUACACUUAAUGGGAGGUUGGGUUGUGAUACAUGUUACCGGAUGGCGGCAUUUCAUCAAGAUGUACUUUUGUAGACAUACACGGAGGAGUUGGGCAUAGCGUGUAACUACAUCAUUUUGGUCGGGCAAUAUCUCGUUGUUAUGGUUCCUCUGUAUUAUUAUGGAUAAGCAGAACAGCCAAGGCACAUACCUAAGGCCGGUGGCCGUACAUGCUUCACAUUUUCUCCCUCGCAG